AUGGUUGCGCUUAUUGUGGUGUUUGUAAUUUGCUUUUGUAUCACGGCGGCAUACAACGUGAUGAACAUUCUGAUCGUUGACUUGUACUACGAGACGCCUGCCACCGCCAUGGCUGCUAAUAAUCUUGUGCGCUGUUUCCUGGGCGCUGGUGCUGCAGCCAUGGUUAACCCUCUGAUCAAGCGGAUUGUCCUCUUUGGUGUUAUAACAGAGAUAGUCCAGAUCUUCCCAUGGACUUCCGGACAGGAACUGCAAAUACGGUACCCUGGGGGUGCAUGGAUGACUCCUGGGAUGGAAUUGGAUAUUCGAGAGACCAGAAGGAUCCCUGAAAUCAGUAGCAUGAACCUCAAAUGCAAUAAGAAAUACAUCAUUCUUUUCAUCGACCUCGACGCCAUCCUACCUGGAACGCGUAUCCAAUCAGUGAUUCUACACUGGUACCAACCAAAUCUCAUGAUGGAUUGUACAAAGCCGCCACCUCCUUCCACAAUCGUUCCUGGUAAGGACCAGGGAGACAAACAUCAUCCAGCAGUCUCGUACAUAGCUCCUCGUGCACCGCCAAAUACUCACCACCGUUACGUCUAUCUCCUCUUUGCGCAGCCCCCAGCCUAUCAAUUUCCCCAAUGUUUCUCACAUGUAUUCCCGGAGACUGUUAGCGCCCGUGCCGGAUUCGAUAUCAGGGAGUUUUUGCAGGCAGCAGGGCUGGUCGCCAUGAACUAUUUCAUUGGUAGACAUGAACCUGCCGAAGGUGAGACAACGACCAUGCCUCAGAGUGCGACGACGACCUCGUUCCGUUCCGUGGACUGUCCCACAAGGGUAGCUAGCUCCGUGUCAUGA